AUGUCCAGCGCUGAAACAUGUCUUUAGAUUUAUAGAUAAUGUUAUGAGUAUGAAGAAUGUAAAGCUGCAAUGAAAAAGACACAUCAUCCUGAAUGCUAAAUAUUUUCACAAUUAUGCACAACUAAUGGAGCUGUAUGCAUCCCUAUUACAUCAUAUGCAAGCAUAUAAUUAAAGACCGUUUGA